AUGCUUUUCCUUCUGCUACUAUGGGUACUGACCCCUGUUAUGGCAAUAUUCUCAUCUGCUGGCUGUUACGCUCAGAGUGACAUACAACUGCUCUUGUCUCUGCAAGGCGACUAUCUAUACCAAUCCACUUCCUACUGUCAACAACUCUGUGAUAAGUACUACAUCGCAGCCUUGAUCAAUGGAAAGUCAUGUUAUUGUGGGCUGACGCUUCCACUGGCUGACUUGAAGCAGGAUGACUCCAACUGUAACACUCCGUGUCAAGGUUAUGGCUUGUUGAAUUGUGGCGGUAGCAACUACUUCCAGGUCUAUGUUAAUGGUGGUGUCACCGGUUCGUCACAGGUUCUCAGUUCUUCGUCGGCUGCGUCUUCCUCUGCCUCCUCCUCCUCUAAUCAGGAAUCCCUGAGUCUGCAGAAUUCACAAAGUAGCUCUGCAUCGAGCUCUUCGCCUCUGAGCUCUGUGAAAUCUGCCACAUCUUCCGCUCGUGGCUCCUCAAGUGGCAAAAGCCAAGGAAGCGUUACAACCUUCGUUUCUACAACCACUCAAGCUGGAAGUGGCUCAAACAGUGUCAUAGAAGUCACCACAACUGUCGGCGGGUCUUCAUCUGUCAUUUCGCCUACUUCAUCAUCAUCUUCGCUGUCUCAGCCCUCGCUGUCCAAGAAAAUGUCCGGCGGUGCGAUAGCAGGUGCUGCAGUUGGGUCUAUAGCUGGUGUGGCGUUGAUAGCCGCUGGAAUUAUCUUCUUAUUAUGGAAGCGCCGUCGCGAUAAUGACAACGAAGAAGAAGACUUCUUCGAUAUGGGCGAUAAAGAUGCUAGGAUGCGUGGUUUCGAUUCUGUCAUCCCAAACACUUACACCGGCAACGCAGAUGCUAUUGAGUCAUCUGCGGGCAAUCAUACUCAUAGCGCUUCUGACACAAGUAACUCAUAUUCGACCCACCCAGAUGCCUUCCAUUACUCAGAGCAGAGGGACGAAUUUGCGGAUCCACGAGAAGAAGACUUUGGACGUCGUAGAUUGUCUGAUGGUUCCCUUCCUGAUAUGGUAGCAAAAGGUCCCGGCUCCUUGAAGGUUGUUAAUAGAUGA